AUGUUCAUUGGGGGUACACAAAGGCAAACUGGGGGUUGGUGGCCGAUCAUUGUUGCGAGAGCAGGUUCAGUGAGCGAGCGAUGGUUUAUAGAUAAUGUUAAUAGACAAGUUGGGAACGGGCAGGAAACAAAAUUCUGGAGUCAUACUUGGGCGGGAAAGACACCUCUUCGGUUUUUGUUUCCUAGACUCUUUCACCUUAGUUUGAAUAAGGAGGCGUUUGUUGGGGAUUUUGGAAGGUGGGUUAAUGGAGAGUGGGUUUGGGAGUUGAAGUGGAGAAGAGAUCUUUUUGAGAGAGAAGUCGAGGCCACUAACGCUUUGAUUGCUUUUAUUUCAGAAUUUGCCCCAAUUGCAGGUAACAGAGAAAGAUGGAUCUGGAAAGCUUCCAAAGGCGGCGACUACUCAACAAAAUCCGCUUACUCGGUGAUUAAGGAUUCUCGUAACGAGAGCACUUCGACAAUCAGAAACAACGACACAUUGGCUAGAAUCUGGACAACACCAGCAACUCAUAAAGCCAAAGUUACAACUUGGAGGAUUUUGAGGAGCAGAUUACCAACUUGUGACAAUUUGAGGAAGAGGAACGUGCCGUUGGGCGUGGAGGAGAUGACAUGUAAUUCUUGUUUUCACAGCCCCGAAUCGGUUGAGCACGUCUUCUUGACGUGCCCUAAAACCGAAAUGGUGUGGAACAGGGUGCAAACUUGGCUCGGGAGCUGCCCGGUUCGUCCUAGAGGUAUCGACUCCCACUUCAACAUGUUCACACAUUUGGCUAAAGGAAAGGAUUGUGAGAACUUCCUCAAGGCGUUGUGGAUGUGCACCAGUUGGCUCAUUUGGAAGCGGAGAAAUGAUACCCGCUUUGAAGGUAAACAGUGGUCUAUCGAUGGUCUUAUUUUGGAAAUUAAAGCUAGAACUUGGAGUUGGAACAAAGUGUUUAAGUUCUCGAGAAAGGAUUUUUGUUUUAGAGAUUGGAGCUCUAACGAGCUAUUGGCUAAAUUGUUGUAA